GCGUUAACCGCGACAAUCAUUCGCAUUCACCGGAUAUGACUACUGUCUCACGUUUUGGAGUAGAAAAAAAACCGACCGACUUAGCGUAAUCCAACUUCAUUUCAUGAUCUUGAGGAUAAUAUUUUUUGAAGAAUAAGAAACUGAAACCUGGACAGCCAAAUAACGGUUGAUGAGUUCACUCCCAUAUGUCAUUUCGUGACUCGGUAGAUUAUGUGUCCCAAGAUCGUAUCAGCCAGCUUGCUCGUACUUAUUGGAUUACAACACCAGGGUCAUUAAAAAACAGCUAUUCAUCAGCAUGUCCAACAAACAAAUACAAACCUUUUCAAUCAAGUGUGAUGGAACGGAUUUAUCGUCAGGAAUUGCUGGCCUCUGGAUUUUCACAUCGCCGAUGUCUAGCUCUUGAAUUGAAUCAGUACUUAGAGCAAUGGCUUUGGCCACAUUUUGAACCAGAUAUUAGCAGCCGUGCCCAUGUUUUAUCAAUCUGUGCAAUGGUUAAUGAAAAAGCCCGUGGUCGUGUCCCGAUAUGGCCGACUUUUGUAGCUACAGCGGAUAAAUUUAGUGGACUUAUUCAUCGUGUACUGCAUAUUCUACUUGAUGAAUCUCCACAGAUAUUAACGGUUAAUCCACUACUCACUGAGAUCAACACAAGGUCUAAAGAUGAUGAUGAUGAUGAUGAGAAAGACAAACACCAAACGUCUGACGAAUCAUCAAAUCCAGUACAACAGAAAAAAUGUAUUUUGGAGCAUAUAGUUCUUAUUAUUUUCUUAUCACAUUGUUUUACGAAUUUGGCUGAAGUUGGUGUAUUACGACGUAGUCUUCGUGAAUUAUAUAGUUUAGCUAUUUGGCAAGAUCAUCUCCAACCGACUCGUUUAAGUCUUGAACUAAAAUCACAUCCACGAUAUGCUCGUUUAUUAAAAAAACUACAGAAAUAUCGUGAUACAAAAGUUUCCCCUACUGAACGAGAUAAUAUGGUAUUUCAACAUUCAUUUAUUCCACGAAUUUUGGAUGUGUUUUUAACUUUGUUAAAUUCAAUACCUGAAAAGGAUGAAGAUAAGCCUAUAGAACCUUUGUUGAUUCACUACUUAGAACGUUUCAUCUUAUUGUUAAUCGAUUUGGAAAGUAUGCUGCUUACACGUCGAAUAUUAAAUGUUGUUCUGGACGACAGACAUAUUGUUGUUUAUUGCCAGAAAUCUGCACUUAUCAAACGUCCAGAUGGGAAGUUAUUUUCAGAACUAGUUGAUUUGUUAGCCUUUUACGCUCAUUUUCAUAUUGAUGAAAGCACUGGCGAACCAUUGGAUGAAGCAGAAAUGGAUAAAAGACACUGUGCUAAACUAAGUAAUUUACAAUUGAAAACAUUUGCAUCGCAUAAAGAUAAACUUCUACCAUUCUCUGUCUCACAUCCUGCGGGAAUUGAAACUGCACAAUUAUUACGUAAACAUUUAUCAGUGUUAGACAGAGAUCAACUUUAUCAACUAGCUUCAUGUUUUGGUCUUGUUACAUUGAAAAAAGAAUCUAGUCAAAAUAACGAAGAAAAGAAGAUUAAUGAUGAUAAUGAUGGUCAAUUACCACCUGCAAAACGAAUUCGUUCAAAUGAUCAAAAUAUAGACGAGUUUAAUUUAAGCUGUCUUAGAGAUAAAUUAGAAGCUAAAUUUAUGGAUAAAGAUUUGAUAAUUCGAAUUUUAAUUCAUCAUUUUGCUCGUCGUCAAUCUGAAUUGGAAUAUAUCAACAGUUUAUCAUUAUAUCCUACGGAAGAUUUAAUUUGGGAUGAGAAUCGCGUCCCAACGGAAUACUAUUCUGGUGAAAAUUGUUUAGCAUUACCGAAAUUAGGCUUACAAUUUUUAACUUUACAAGAUUACUUACUAAGAAAUUUCAAUUUAUUUCGUUUAGAGUCAACUUAUGAAAUCCGACAAGAUAUUGAAGAUGCUAUUAUUCGUUUGAAAGCAUGGCGUGGUGAAUUUGGUCAAGCCGUCUUUGAUGGUUGGUCAAGAAUGGCUUUACCAAUACAAGCGUUUAAUAUUGUUGAAGUAGCUAAACCAGAUUUAGGUGCUAAACAUCCAGCACGUGUACGUGCUGAUGUACGUGUAGCGCUUGCUGGUCUUCGUCCAGAGAUUCGUAAAGAAUGGCUUGGUUUACGACGUCAUGACCCAGUGUUUCUAGUAACAAUACGACCCACUAAACAACAAGGAUGGAAAUUUAAUAUGAAUGAACCGUUUGCAUCACAAGUUGGUUUACAUUAUGUUCGUGGUUGUGAAAUUGAAGGUCAAGUUGAUAAGGAAGGUAAACUAGUACCGGAUGAAGAACGUCUAGGCUUUUUACCAUUAAAAGGAGAAAAGCCCAACUUAGUUGAUACUUUACCAACAUGGCGUGUACGCUUAGAUCCUGUACAAUAUCAAACAGAUUUAGACCAUUUAAAAACUGAACAAAUGCGUGCUGAAGUGUUACGAUCAAAAGUGAUUCGAGCAAAACGUGAAGGUCGUACUACCGAAGAAAUCCAAGCAUUACAGGCACAAGUUGAUGAAGCUGAACAAGUUUCCCCAGAAGAUUUAUAUGAUACAUUCAAUGUUUUAAUUAGACGAAAACCAAAAGAAAAUAAUUUCAAAGCUGUCUUAGAAACUAUAAGGGAUCUUAUGAAUAUUCGAUCCGUUGUCCCUGAUUGGUUAUUAGAUUUAUUGAUGGGUUAUCUUGAUCCUGCCGCUGCACAUUAUACACAUCGUUCAGAUGUAUAUGAACCGCGACAAAAUUGGCUGGAUACAUUUUUAUCACCAGAACAUUUAAAACACUCAUUAUCUCAGUAUAAUGUACAGUUUACAGAUAAACGUCAAAGUCGUAAAUGGAAGUCUAGUUGUCAGAUUGAAAUGUCAGAUAUAACUGAUCCCACAGAUCAUAUACCUGGACCACCUUAUCGUCUUAUUUUUCCAAAAUUAGAAAAUGAUCCAACUGCAAAAGUCGAAGCAAUGAUCCCAUCAGAUAUGAUUAUUCAGAAGCAUUCAACUAGUAGUGCUAAUGUAGAUACUUCUAACAAUCAUUCUGGAAAUGAUGAAAAACCAACUUUGAUUGCUGAAGCCUACGAUCCACCUUUACAGCCGCCUUGGAGUUUACUUGCUCAGGCUGGAGGUCAUCUACCUAAUGGCCUCUCAUCCAUGAAUUCUAAACUUGGUAACAAAGUCCCAUUCACACCAGCACAAGUAGAAGCUAUUCGAUCUGGUAUGCAAUGUGGUUUAACUUUAGUAGUCGGUCCGCCUGGUACUGGGAAAACAGAUGUAGCUGUACAAAUUAUUCAUAAUUUAUAUCAUAAUUACCCUAAUCAACGCAUUCUUAUUGUAACUCAUUCAAAUCAAGCAUUAAAUCAAUUAUUCGAGAAAAUUAUCGCUUUAGAUGUUGAUGAACGUCAUCUUUUACGUUUGGGUCAUGGCGAAGAAGGUUUAGACACUGAUAAAGACUUUUCACGUUAUGGUCGAGUUGAUUAUAUUUUAGCUAAACGUAUACAUCUUUUACAAGAAGUGACACGUUUAGCGAAAACAUUAAAUCCAUCAUCAGCUAUUCCACAAUUAUCUACCGAUCACCUGCCUGAUUCCAAUUUAUCUGAUUCAACGAAUAGUUUUCAUUUACAAACUUGUGAAACUGCUCAAUAUUUUUAUAUUCAAGAAGUUUUAUCACGUUGGGAAGAUUUUAUUAGUAAGAUAGCUGCAAGUGAUACAUCACACCAUUUAAUGAGCAAUACAAAUCAAAGAAAUCAAUCAAUGACAGAAGAGAAAACAGAAAAAGAUGUUGUGAUUUAUGAUCCGAAUUUAAUUCGAAAUAGUUUUCCGUUUACAGAAUUUUUCACUGGUCAAAAAACUCCAUCCAAUGAAGUAAUGAGUCAAUUGUUUCCGGGUCAAAAUCUCUUGGAAGAUGUUGCUUUAGCACAUGCCUAUUUUCGAUAUCUUCAUUCUAUAUUUACUCAACUAGAUGAAUUUCGUGCUUUUGAAUUAAUGCGUACCGGAACAGAACGUGCCAAUUAUCUUUUAAUCCAAGAAGCAAAAAUUAUUGCAAUGACAUGUACACAUGCUGCAUUACGUCGAAGAGAUUUAGUUCAACUAGGAUUUACAUAUGAUACAAUUUUAAUGGAAGAAGCAGCACAAAUAUUAGAAAUUGAAACAUUUAUUCCACUACUUUUACAAAAUCCUGAUAUAUCCGGUAGAAAUCGAUUAAAACGUUGGAUUAUGAUUGGUGACCAUCAUCAAUUACCACCAGUUGUUAAAAAUCAAGCAUUUAAUAAUUAUUCGAAUAUGGGUCAAUCAUUAUUUGCACGUUUAGUGAAACUUGGUGUACCAACUGUACAAUUAGAUGCACAAGGUCGAGCUAGACCAUCACUUUCACGUUUAUAUAGUUGGCGAUAUGAUCGAUUAACUGAUUUACCGCAUACAUUGAAUGAAGUACAAUAUAUUCUGGCAAAUCCAGGCUUUAGAUAUGAUGUACAGUUAAUAAAUGUUGAAGAUUACAAAGGUAUCGGUGAAUCUGAACCCAGUCCAUUCUUCUAUCAAAAUUUAGCAGAAGCUGAAUACGUUGUUGCAGUCUACAUGUAUAUGCGUAUAUUAGGUUAUCCAGCUGAAAAAAUCACAAUACUCACUACUUACAAUGGUCAAAAACAUUUGAUUCGUGAUGUUAUAGCUGCUCGUUGUGCACAAAAUCCUUUAUUAGGAAAUCCAAGUAAAGUAACCACUGUCGAUCGUUUUCAAGGUCAACAAAACGAUUAUGUACUAGUUUCAUUAGUACGUACACGUACUGUUGGUCAUUUACGUGAUGUUCGCCGUUUAAUUGUUGCUUUAUCACGUGCCAGGCUUGGAUUGUAUAUAUUUGCUAGAAUUGAACAAUUUGCCAAUUGUCCAGAAUUAAAACCUGCUUUUGAUUUACUUUUAAACCGUACAUCUGACGAAAGUAAACAAAUGAAACCAACUGAGCUACACCUAACACCAUGGGAAGUAUGGAUUGAUCCCCGUAGUCCAACAAUACUGAAGGAACAACAUCGUCUACAAACUGAUCAUGAACUUAAUCAACCACCUUUGAUCAUUAAAGAUAUGCCACAAAUGAGCAAUUAUGUUCGUGAAUUAUACGAUCAAAAAUUGCAAUAUUUAAUGACUCAAUUACAAAAACAACAACACGUACAGAAUAAAACGACAACAAUAUCGAAUACUGGUACUACUACUACUGCUACUACUACUGUUAACUCAAAAGAUAUUACUAUCGGCAAUGAUUCAUCUUCUAGUUUAUCCAUUUCAAGCACAGAUUUAAAUAAGUUGCCUCAAGAACAACAGCAACGGCUGGAGUCGGCUACUACCGAAAAUAAUCAUAGUGGUGAUGUUAUGUGUAUCAGUCAAGGAUUAGAUCAUACUGCUAGUCUUAUGUUGGUUGAUAAUGAUGAUGCCUCUGGCGUUUCUAUCGGUACUCCUACUCCUACCAUCAACACAGAUGAAGCGAACGCUGAUAAUUCUGUGGAAAUGGCAGAUACUAAUUAAUAUUUUCUAUGUUUAGUGAUGUCUCACUAUGCUUUUAUUAUGUUGACUGUAUAGAAUAAAUUUUUUAAUCUAAUUC